AUGGAAGAGCUCACUGCUUUCGUGUCUAAGUCCUUCGAUCAGAAAGUGAAGGAGAAGAAGGAAGUGAUAACCUACAGGGAGGUGUUGGAGACCGGGUCGACGCGAGCAGGGAGCAGGGAGUCUUUAACCGCGGAGCCGGGGAGCCGGGAGGAGGCGGCCGCCGUCGCCCGGAACGUUGCGCUCUCGCCGGGCAGGGAAACGGACGUGCUCGGCCCGGAAAGGAUCAGGGACGACGGGAGCCCCAAACUCAUUGACGGCACCACGGAAGUGAAGGAGAGGAAGGAGGACUCGAAGCCCAUGGAGGACGAGACACAGACUAAAAUCAAACAGAGGAGAAGUCGGACUAACUUCACACUAGAGCAGCUCAACGAGCUGGAGCGGCUCUUCGACGAGACCCACUACCCGGACGCCUUCAUGCGGGAGGAGCUUAGCCAGCGACUGGGGCUGUCGGAGGCCCGGGUACAGGUUUGGUUCCAGAAUAGGAGAGCCAAAUGCAGGAAGCAGGAGAACCAGUUACAUAAAGGAGUCCUGAUUGGAGCAGCGAAUCAGUUUGAAGCGUGUCGUGUAGCGCCAUAUGUCAACGUGGGGGCUUUACGGAUGCCAUUCCAACAGGAUAGUCAUUGCAACGUGCCGCCCUUCUCCUUUCAGGUGCAGGCGCAACUGCAGCUGGACAGCGCCGUGGCCCACGCGCAGCACCACCUGCAUUCCCACCUGGCAGCGCACGCGCCCUACAUGAUGUUCCCCGCGCCGCCGUUCGGACUGCCCCUGGCGACGCUCGCGGCCGAGUCGGCCUCCGCCGCGUCCGUCGUGGCCGCCGCCGCCGCCGCCAAGAACACCAGCAAGAACUCCAGCAUCGCAGACCUGAGACUGAAGGCCAAAAAGCACACGGCCGCGCUGGGACUGUGA